AUGCUGCGGCGAUCUAUCGCCCCAUUGGCUCGUUGCGUCCUCCCGCGAGCUGCGGCCGCUUUCCCGCCAUCUCGUACUUACCCGAAGAGCUUCUCCCGCGCUUUUCGAGCCGCGAAACAGACGGAGCGCCACGUUAUUGCUGCGUUAGUGGUCAACCAACCAGGUUGUCUGGCUGAGAUCGCCAACCUCUUUGCUGCUCGAGGGUACAAUAUUGACAGUCUGGUGGUGGGGCGCACGGAGGUUGAGGAGCUCUCCCGCAUGACGGUGGUCAUUAAUGGCACUGCUCAGAGUGCGAUCAAUAUGAAGCAGCAGCUGGAGGACGUCGUGUACGUGGCAGUGGUGAAUAUCCUCAGCGGUGGGAACCAGUCCGAAAAGAGCUUCGUCGAGCGUGACUUGAUGCUGGCAAAGGUGUCGACGGCUGAGGCGGGGUCUCGUGCAGAAGUUGUGGAGCUAGCCAACUUGUUUGAGGCCAAGAUCAUCGACGUGCGACCGCACCAGGUUAUGGUGCAACUGGCUGGAACUCCUAGACGGAUCGAGGCCUUUUUGAACCUGCUGAAGCCGCUGGGCAUCACGGAGAUCCACCGCAGUGGGGUUAUUGCAAUGGCCCGCAGUACAAGUGUGACUGAUAAACUGGGCCAUUUGUCGACGUUUGAAGGCGCCACACGCACGCUUUUGGACGAGCUUGACGAUGAAGAGGUUGACGUCUCCCGCCUCCCACCUGGCUAA